AGAUAGUUGUUGCUGUUUGGAGAGAGGGACAGUAAAUCUGGUUCACUUGUUUCACUCCUGCACACGCAUUACAUACCGUAAUCAUGCAGCACUGGACUGCAUAUGUAAUAUUUUUAUUUUUGGUGUUUUGUGAUGUCUCCUCGCAAAGGAAAAAAAAGUCAGUCCAAACACUCUCAAGAGGCUGGGGCGAUGACAUCAACUGGGUUCAGACAUAUGAAGAGGGACUGACUAAAAUGGUUGAAAGUAAGAAGCCUUUGAUGAUCAUUUUUCAUUUGGAGGAUUGUCCACACUGUAAAGCACUGAAAAAGGCUUUUUCUGAAAAUCAAACUAUUCAAAAAUUGGGCAAAUCCGAUUUCAUCAUGCUCAAUUUAGUGCAUGAAACUAACGACAAUAACUUGGCCCCUGAUGGCUUCUAUGUCCCCAGGAUCUUGUUUGUUGACCCCACACUGACUGUGCGAGCUGACAUUGUUGGAAACUACGCCAACCGAUUGUACACUUACGAGCCAAGUGACAUGGACACCUUGGCAGAGAACAUGGUGAAAGCCAAGAAGUUGCUGAAGGAUGAACACGAGGAACAUGAUGAUCUGUGAUGGGUACAGAACCUAAUUCAAAGAUGACAUCGUACCCACUUUUAGAUGUGACAAGACUUAAAAAAAAACUAUAUGGGGGGAAAACAAGACAGUUGUAGAUUCUAGAAUUUUGUACACAGUGGGUGUAACUAUACAUUUUCAAAUGUGAAUAAAGUCAUUGUCAGAUUGAAAAAUG